AUGGGAUGCAUUCGUGAUAAAGCAAAAUGGGAACUUGAAGAAAGUUUUGUAAUUGAUGCUCAAGAUAAGCUCGGUUUCUCUAGAUUUUCCAGUGACCAACUAGUAAAGACAUUUCAUCGAUAUUCGCCUGAAUUCCAUUUACAACAGCAUCAGCUCGAGCAAGCAUUCGCUGAACUUGGAAUCUCACUAUCAGAAGAAAAAGCCCAAUUUUAUAACAAAUUCAAAGAGAUCCCAGUGGAGUCUCAAUACUAUCGACUGCUUCAAAGAAAACGAACUUUACAAGAAGAUAGAGAAGUCCAAUAUUCUACCAAGAAACUCGUGUCCAUGGGUAUUAUUCUUAUUUCCCCUCCUCGUGAGUGAAAAAAACUAAUCCUCUUUGAGAUGAACAAAAAUUUUUUUAAUAUAAAAUUUUUUUAUUGGCAUAUAAGUGAUAAUUAUUAUAAUGAAAUCUCUCGCUAAUUCUGUUGAAUAUUAAACAGCUUGCAUAUUAAAACAUAAAUAUUUUGCAAAUUAAAUUAAUAUUGCUUUACAAAUUUUUUAUGAAUUGGGAUUUUUUUAAAUUUCGAAAAAAAAAGUUCUAUGUAGAUUUUUUGAACAAAAACUUUGCUCCCCUCCUUUAGCAAACAAAAUUUUUUUGUUCGCUUACGGGGGCGAAUUUAGUAAAAGCAAGCCAAAAGAGAAGCUCCAGUCCUUGUUUUUCGACUAUGAUAUUGAUAUAUCUUCUAAACUCUCUGAAGAAGAAAUAGAAACCAUGAUCAGUAACGUAGUCGAAAUUUCUUUUAAUUACUUGCCAUCAUUGGCAGCUAUUUACCACCCUGAUUUUCAAAUAGAAAUUGAAAGAUAUUCUCGACAUUUGGCACGCCAUUCAAGCUCAUUUAUCGGCUAUUUGAAGUAUUUUAUAUAUGGUAACCGCAGGAGCAGCAUCUCACAAGCAGAAUUUACAAAUCCGAGUCCUCAACAAGAAGAAUUAAUAAUGUUCACUGACCCAAGUGCUAUGAGGAAAUUUGUAAUGAAAGAAUUUGAAGUAGGAGAACCUCCUGGAGAGAUAAAACUUAAAGGAGAACCAAAAAAACUAAACUCAGAAAAAGUAGUAACUUGGAACAAAAGAAAAUUGAGAAAAAAAGAAAAAGUGAAAAAAAGAAAGCAGGAGCUACAAGAAAUAUUAAGCGAAGAAGAAAAUAAGCCUUAA